AUGUGGGUAUGGAGGAUUUCCACUUUAGUGGUGUUGAAUCCGUUUAGCAAUCAUGCCUCUCAAGCCGAUCACUCUGUGGGGCCACCCGGUGGCCCAAAUCCUUGGAAGGUGGCCAUGAUCCUUGAGGAGCUGUAUGUCCCUUACAACCAGAAGUUCAUCGAAUUUUCAGACAUGAAGAGAGAACCAUUCGAGUCGAUCAACCCCAACGGUCGUGUUCCUGUCAUCGAAGACCCCAACACUGGCAUCACUCUAUGGGAAUCCGGUGCGAUCAUUGAAUAUCUGUUGGACACGUAUGACAAUCAACACACCAUCAGCUUCACUCCUGGCUCGAAGGAAUUUUUUGAAGCGAAACAGUGGCUGCAUUUUCAGGUGUCUGGACAGGGCCCAUACUUCGGCCAAGCCGUAUGGUUCACCCGCUACCACUCCGAGCAAGUUCCCAGCGCGGUGGACCGCUACGUCAAUGAAAUUCGCCGCGUCUCGCGUGUCCUCAACCACGUUCUGGAAAACAAGGAGUACCUCGUUGGCGGCAAGUUCAGCUACGUUGAUACUGCGUUUGUGCCGUGGUAUGGAAUAGUUCAGGCGUUCUUCUCGGAGAAGAUCGAUUUGGAAAACGAGUUCCCUCGUCUCAACAGUUGGCUUAGCCAUGUCAAGGCCAGACCGGCAACUACCAAGGUCAAUGAGGCUCGGCUGGUUGCCAUUGGGCAGGCAUAA